AUGGAAAAGUACCUUAUUCAAACCCAGAGCGUAUUCCUUAAGAGCUUCUAUUUGCAUCUCAGGAAUAAUAGGUUAAUUCCAAAUAUAUUGGUGCCAUUUUUAUGCGGAUUAAUACUGUGGCUAUCUUACUUUAAUUCAUUGGAUUUUUUAAAAUACUCAUAAACAUUUUACAUGCCUUUGGCUGUUUGCGGUGUUAUUAGAAGUUUUAUGAUGAUGAUAGUGAAUGAGAAGAAGGAAAGAUAGAAAGAAAACUAAUUGAUAAUGGGGUUGAAACUAAGUGCCUAUUAUACAGGAUGGAUUCUAUCAAGUGUAAUAUGGACGUGCAUAUGUGCAUCAAUCUAUAUUCUCAUGAUUGCAAGUUUCGUAGCAUUGCAUUGGCACUACUUUGCAUUUUAUUAAUAUGCAAUCUUUUAUGUUCAAUACAUGUUUUAUUCAUAUGCAGUUGUUGGAUAGAUGCUGAUGAUUAGCAGUCUAUUUUCAGAUGGAAGGAAGGCUACUGAUGUAUAUGCGGUAAUUUACAUGAUCAUAGUGUAUCUCUAUUAUUUCACGGAUUGGUCAAAUAGAAGUGAAUAUUCAGAAUUGCUUCUGUCUAUUUUUCCAUAAAAUCUGAUAGUUUAUUUUUGGUUUUAAAAAAUCACAUUUAGUGCCAUUUCUAUGAAUUACAUUUACACUCUAAUAAUAUUUAGCAUUCAAGGGACAAUGGGAAUUCUCCUAUAUGUGUACUUAGAUUAGGUGAUUCCCGAUGAGAUUGGGACACACAAGUCUCCUUUCUUCAUAUGUUAAUGUUUGUUGAGGAAAAAGAGAAACUAAGUAGACUAAUUUGAAAUAGAUUUAGAACUAUAAUAAUAAAAUAAUUUAGGAUCUGAAUUGUUAAAUCCUCAAGAUCAAAUCUAACCAAUAGAAGCUAAUGAAAAUUAGGUAUUAAAAUUGACUUAAUUAACCAAAGUGUACAAUGGAUAAGCAGUUGUGAAUAAUAUUAGUUUGAAUCUAAAUAAAAAUACUAUCUUUAGUUUGUUGGGUCAUAAUGGAGCAGGCAAAUCAACUACUGUUAACAUGAUUUGUGGUUUAAUUCAAAAGACAAAUGGGUAAAUUAAUAUAAAUGGAUAUGAUAUUGACAAAAGUUUAGAUGAAAUCAGAUAGAUAUUGGGUUAUUGCUCUUAAAAGGAUGUGCUAUAUGGGGAGAUGAGUGUUUAUGAUCAUCUCUAAUUUUAUGGUCGCUUGAAAUUAAUUAAUCAGCUAUAAUUGUCAGGGCAGAUUGAGACUGUGUUAAAUAUGUGUUAUCUUCAACAAGAGAAACAUCAACUUGCUAUGUAUCUAAGCGGUGGAGGCAAGAGAAAACUAUGUUUGGCUAUUGCUUUGAUAGGCAAUUCUUAGGUUCUUCUUCUAGAUGAACCGACCACAGGUUUGGAUCCUAUAAGUAGAUAGCAAAUAUGGAAUAUUUUGAAGGAGAUCAAAUAAGAUCGAUGUGUUAUUUUGACGACUCAUUAUUUGGAUGAAGCAUAAGAACUUUCAGAUUAUGUUGGCAUCAUUUAAUAAGGGAAAAUGACUGCUUUUGGAACAGUAGAUUACAUAAAGCGACAAUUUUCAGUUGGUUACAAUAUUCUAGUUGAAUGUCAGAAUGAAUUGCAUUAGAAACAAAUCUUGGAUUAAAUUUAAUCAACAUUACUAUUAAUUUGCAAAAACGAUAUUCAAUUCAUUCCUCAGAAUAGAAAUCUCAAGUUGAAUAUUCCCUUAAGCAAUAGCGCAAAUGUAGCUUCUGCUUUGGAAUAUUUGGAAACUGUGUAGAAUAUCAAUAUAUCAUUUGAAAUGACAACUCUUGAAGAUGCUUACAUUAAAAUCCAUUCUUAAUCAGAUUGGGGCAAUAAUCAAAUUGAAACCAAUAAUAAUGCUCUUUUUAAUAAUAUGUUUUUUGAUUUUACUCCACAUUUUAGCUUUUUUAAAUAAGUAAAUGGACUAUUUAUGAGAAGAGUCUGGAUUGCUGGAUAGAAUAAAUGGUAGUAUGUGAUGUUUUUAGUUUCUUGGAUCUUAUUGUUAGGAUGUCUUUUUGGCUUCAAGAACAUCAAUCCAGAAAUCAUCAUCUCCUUAUACGUUUUGAUCAAGUUGAUAUUUAUCAGUCAGCAAUCCUAUUACCCUAUCUACGAGAAAUAACACAAAAUCAAAGACUCUUACAUAACCCAUGGUGCUAAAAUAAUUUCAUAUUGGACAUCAGUAAUGUUGUUUGAUGUAGUUGUUAUCGCUUUUGAAUAGUUCAUAUUUAUAGCAUUGCUCCUAAUAGCCAAAUAGAUAGAUGGCGAAAGACAAUACAGACAAUACAACUUAGGCGUAUAUUUCAGCAUCCUAUUAAUAAAUACUAUAUUCUCAAUUGCACUCAAUUGUCAGACAUAUGUUGCAACAUACUUCUUUAAGAGUACAUCUUCAUCAAAUGUUUAAUUGCCAUUCCUUAUCCUGACCUUUUAAUAUUUAGGAUUGGUUAUAUUCACAAUACUAUUUCAAUGGAAUGACAUAAUCGGAGUCAUUAUUCCUUUAGUUUCACUUGGUAAUGGGUAUUAUUGGAUCUUUUCAGAGAAUUACGAUCGUACUUAUCUGGCAACCCAGCUUCCUUCUCUCAUUUCAAUCGUAGUCUUCUUCUUCCUUAUAAAUUACCUAGAAAAUCGUUUGAUCAGCAGGAAAUCAAAUAUUUCCAAUUUCUAAGGAAAUGUUGAAGUAACUUAGGUGAACUACAAUAUUGGAAAUAGACCUAUCUUGCAGAAUGUAAGUUUUUCAAUUGAAUCCAGUGAGAUUUUUGGACUCUUGGGACCUAAUGGAGCAGGCAAGACAAGCACUUUCAAGAUGAUUACAAGGGAAGAAAAACCUAGUUCAGGGCUCGUUGAAAUUAAAAAUGAGUCCACUUAGGUUGGAUUGGUUCCGUCCUUUUCGCCUCUCCAUGAAGAUCUAUCCUUGGUCCAACAUCUUAAAAUAUAUGGUAAAUUAAAAGGCUUAGAUGAUUGGAGGAUAGAUAAUUUCAUUGAUAGCUACACUUAAUAUAUGGAUUUGAAAAAAAUCAAAGAUAAAAAAGUUAAGGUAUUGAGUGGAGGUGAAAGAAGGAAGGUUCAAAUGGGUAUAGCAUUGAUUGGAAAUUCUUCAAUUUUGUUAAUGGAUGAACCUACUAGUGGAGUGGAUCCAGUUUUUCGUUAGCAAUUUCAACAAUUAAUAUUAAGGAAUUGUCAAUAAAAUAAAAGUUCAAUUUUGAUUACAACUCAUUCUAUGGUAGAGGCUUAAAGAAUUUGUGAAGUGCUAGGGAUUAUCAUUAAUGGUUAGUUGAAAUUUAAAGGAACUCUAAAUCAAUUGCGAUAAUAAUACGAUAAUAGAAUAUAAUUGAGUUUCCAUCUAAAAAAUAAAGAGGAUAAAGAUUAAUUACGGGAAUUACUUGUAUAAAAUUUAACUAAGCAUGUUUUUGAACCUUUGGGAAUGAGUGGAGAUAACUUGACUGUAUUUGUGGAUGAUCAAUCAAUAAAAUUUUCAUAACUAUUUAGAUUUUGUUAAUUAAGGGCAGUGGACAAUCUAAUAGAAGAUUUUGAAAUUUAGUAGGCAACUUUGGAUUAAAUAUUUAAACACUAUGUGCAACAACAAUAAGUCAAUGAUUAUCCUUAAUAGACAGUGGAAGUUCAGCGUAGAAAUUUGCUGGGGAUAUGCUGCUGUUAGAUUUGA